UUUUAGCUGACCAGAGARCGAAGGGGAAACACAAAUCAGACUUCAUCAUGGUCGAGAGCAGGUUUAUGUUCAUCGCAAUUAUUUUCAGUUUUGGACUGUUUUCUUGUGAAGCACAAAAUAGCUCUCUYAUUGCUCCAAAUAUCACUACUGYCCCACUGUCACAAGUCAAUAAAAGUUGCUGGUCUAAUGUGACGUUUACCUGCCAUGUCARUGGAAACCCACUGCCUCAGGUUACCUGGUUCAAGAAUGGUGAUAAACUACUUAACGUUUCCUCGAAUACAAUGAUASGAGGGGAUAAUAACGAUACCAUUAUCAGUAUACUAUACUUACAAAAUAUCACCAAAGGAGACGAAGGGAACUAUUCCUGCUUCGCCAUCAACUCAGAGGGCARCGCCACGUCGCUGUCUGCAGGACUAGCUAUCAUUUGCGGCGGUGCCAAUCAAAAUGGUUCGUCAUCGUCAAGUCCAGGACGUCAAGGAGGUAGCACUUCCGCUCCUACAGGACAAAGCGGCACAGUGGCAAGUGCAAGUGCAACUACAAAUGGCCCCGGAGGACAAACCACCACAUCAAGCUCCGGUGCAGAAAUCUCCACAUCAGGAUCAGAAAACCAAGAAGGAAGUACAACAUCCAGUUCCACACAAGCUUCUCAAGGAGGAUUAAACGCUACAUCCGCUUCCUCAGAACAAAGCACCUCACAAAGCUCAGGAGGAGAAAACUCAACAUCUGGAGGAGCGAGCCAAGGAGGAAGUACAACAGCUAGUUCCGGGGGAGGAGAAAAUUCCACAACUAGUUCCAUUGGCUCGGCGACAUCCAGUUCCGGAGGGGGAGGUGGAGGGUCGACAUCCAGUUCCGGAGGGGGAGGUGGAGGGUCGACAUCCAGUUCUGGAGGGGGAGGUGAAGGGUCGACAUCCAGUUCUGGAGGGGGAGCAAGUUCGACAUCUAGUGGAAGGAGUGAAGAGAAAGAAAUUGCCGAGGCCCAAUUAAAGUGCACUUUCCAGAAGAACUACACCGCAGCACUUUGUGACAAUUCAACAAAGGAAUUCAGGGACUUUAAAGAAGAGAUUGACAAACCUGUUUUAAAGACACUUGGUGAAAGGCUUAGUGUUAUUAAAGAAAACAGUGGCUUAGUGUCAUGCAGUAAAGGAAGUGUCGUAGCMCAGUUUGUUAUACACAUCGACAAAAAGGCAUCGAAUUUACCAUCAAAUACCACUUUGGAGUCUGAAAUGGAGAAAGUCAUAAUGGAAGCUAAUGCCAGUAAUAGCCUUGGUGGCAUCCCACUAUUGGGCGUCCAGGUGACAAAGAUCACAAUAAGGACGGUUCCAGUGACAAAUACACAGCCACCAAAUGUYCCCAGCGACGAUGAUGACAGUGGCCUAAAAGGAUGGGAAAUCGCUUUGAUUGUCAUAUUUGUACUCAUUCUCAUUGGAAUUAUUGCAUUUGUUGCUUUUAUGAUCUUUUACAAGAAAGAAUCAGCAGAAAAUGCGAAAGAACUGGAAGAGUAUCCUCCUGAAGAGGAUCACAAUUAUGCCCAAGUAAACGAGAAUGUUUACGACAACCCCAGUACGGAUUGGCCAGACCAAGACGAUCCUGUAUAAAUAAAUUGCAAUGAGAUCAGUUUUGCAAUUUUUAUUCUUUGAUUUUUACACUGUAUAUUGUCUAGAACUAUCACAUCAAAUCAGCAUCGUGGUCUACUACUGAGGAUAGCAUGCCACCACCAAAAAACUUUCACUGGAAAAUCUCAGUCUUUUACAUACUAUGUAAAUAUUUUKGAAAUUGUAUUUUACAAGCAAUUUUUGAUUUACAAAAAAUUAACAUUGAGUACGAGGAAGAAUUUACAAAUGAUUUACAAAGUCUUUUGAAAUUUACAUAGUAUUUAAAAGUACGUUGGUCCUGUAAAAUCAAUUUUACAGUCUGUUUACAAACAAUUUACACAAGAGCCGAUGGGGUCUGUUCAUUUAAAUAUCUGUUCGUGUACGAAUUUUUUCCUGGGAAAUGGAUUUUCAGCUACAUUGUUGACAAUCUCAUAAGCAAAUGCGCCG